ACGCUACUCUCUCUCUCUCUCUCUUUCUUCACCGUUCUUUCUCUCUCUUCCUCAGCCUUUAAAUUUCACUCAACAGGGAAAAUUUCUCAGUUCUCUUCACCAUAAGCCUUUUGUGUCAUUUGAGCUCUGUUCUCUUCUGGGAACUCUGCUGCUUUGUUCACAAACAACGCAAGAGUUCGCACUCACCCGCACUCAAAAGCUUUAUAUCCCUCGUUAUGAAUAAUCAAACCCUGAUCUUUUUCAAGAUCAGUGCCCCAAUCUUCUAAAGUUUCCCCUACAGAAAAGAAAAAAAAAAGAUUCUCUGUUUAGAGCUUUCGGUGAGAAGACAGAGUAAUGGCUGGCAGUCACGGAAUCAACGUUCGUGAAUCCCAGAGUGUGGUUCCUCUCAACACUUGGGUUCUCAUAUCAAAUUUCAAGGUUGCUUACAAUCUGCUCAGGAGGCCUGAUGGCACAUUCAACCGUAAUUUGGCUGAGUUUCUUGACCGGAAAGUCGGUCCAAAUACCGUUCCAGAUGAUGGGGUUUACUCUUUUGAUGUUUUGGAUAGGGCCACCAACAUUGUUAAUAGGAUAUACAAGUCUGCCCCCGAUAAUGAGGCUCGUUGGGGAUUGCUAGAACUUGAGAACCCUUUGAGUACAACUGAGGUUGUUCCUGUUAUUGUGUUCUUCCAUGGUGGAAGCUUCACUCACUCCUCGGCUAAUAGUGCUAUUUAUGAUACGUUUUGCCGGAGGGUUGUUAAGAUUUGCAAUGCUGUGGUGGUUUCUGUGGACUAUCGUCGGUCCCCUGAGCACCGAUACCCUUGUGCUUAUGAUGAUGGGUGGUCUGCUCUUAAGUGGGUUCACUCUAGGGAAUGGCUUAAGAGUGGGAAGGAGGGUAAGGUCCAUGUUUACCUAGCUGGUGAUAGCUCUGGUGGAAAUAUUGCUCACCAUGUUGCUGUGAGGGCUGCUGAAGAGUCGGAUAUCGAGGUCUUGGGCAAUAUUCUUCUGCAUCCGAUGUUCGGUGGGCAGCAGAGGACUGAGUCGGAGACGAAAUUGGAUGGGAAGUACUUUGUGACGGUUCGAGACAGGGAUUGGUACUGGAGGGCCUUUUUACCAGAAGGGGAAGAUAGGGAUCAUCCGGCUUGUAACAUAUUUGGCCCCAGGAGCAAAAGCCUCGAAGGGCUAAAGCUCCCGAAAAGUCUUGUUGUUGUGGCUGGCCUUGACAUCUCUCAGGACUGGCAGUUGGCUUAUGUUGAAGGGCUUCAGAAGUCCGGGCAUGACGUGAAACUCCUCCAUCUUAAGCAGGCAACCAUCGGGUUCUAUUUCCUGCCCAACAACGACCAUUUCUUUAACCUUAUGGACGAGAUAACGGAGUUCAUCCAUCCCAACUGUUCAUAAAUCCACCUAACUUGAAUUACAGGCAGCUAUAUACAUAACAUAAGCUUUGACAUAUCUCCCCCCUACCCGUGUUUUUGCUUCCUUUUGCCAGUUAAUAUUAUCGUGUGUAGUUAGUUAUAUAAGGUUGUGUAGAUUUACUUCUUCCUGUUUUGGACUAGUAGAAACUCUGCAUCUUCAGGGACUUCGCGAAGAGAUCAAGGUUGUCUUCCUAGGUAUCGAAAGUCUUAUGUCUGUCCUAUGGUUCCCAGUUCACAUCACUCACAGGAGUCCUGCAGAUCUGUAGCUCGAGCCUCUCGCGUUUCAGCAGGUGUGGUGUUGAUUCGAGCUUCCCCUCGUUAGUCUAUCUGUCUGUCUGGCUGUGAAGACGCAAAUCGUGGAUCAAAAUCUCAUCUGUUUUUAUGCUUUAGCUAGGUAGAGACUUCACUGGAGUGAUGUAUUGCAUCUAUUCAGUUACUGAGUACCAAAAAAAAAAACUAAUUUUAGGACAUGAAUUGGGAAACCUAUGGUGUUGUUAGCUUUUGUUUGUAUGUUUUACCAUAUAUGUUGUGCCUUAGAAAUACAUAAAACAUUUUGGUUUCUGCA